AUGGAGUCUGACGGCGAGCUGCAGGCGACGUUGGCGGCGCUGGCGCAGAAGGGGCAGGCUGCGCUGACACGAGAGGAGCGCGUCGCGCGGCAGCGGUCCCUGGCGGGCCUCGGCGCGCCGUCCUUCACGCGCGUGUGCCAGGACAAAGGCGUCGCGCCGCUGUUGCGGUCGCAGGCGCGCAUCCUGCAGCUCAACGCCUGCACGCACUGCCACGUCGAGAGCAGCCCCAGGCGCACCGAGAUGAUGGAUGCCGCAACUGUCGACAGAUGCCUGGAGCUGCUGGCCUCGGCGCCGGGCGUGCACACACUCGACAUCACUGGCGGGGCGCCAGAGCUCAUCCCGCAGUUCAGGCGCCUCGUCGCCGGCGCGCGCGCACUGCGGCCCGACCCCGCCUCGUUCUCCAUCAUCGACCGCUGCAACCUCACGGUGCUGCUGGAGCCCGGCCAGGAGGACACCCCCGCCUUCCUCGCCGCCCACGGCGUCCGCGUCGUCGCCAGCCUGCCCUGCUACUCCCAGUCCAACGUGGACUCCCAACGCGGCGCGGGCGUGUUUGAGCGGAGCAUCAGCGGGCUGAAGCUCCUGAACGGCGUCGGGUACGGGCAGCCGGGCAGCGGGCUGUCGCUGGACCUGGUGUACAACCCUGGGGGCGCGUUUCUGGCGCCGUCACAGGAGAAGCUGGAGCCGGCGUACAAGCAGGAGCUCUGGGAGGCCCACGGCGUGGCGUUCAACAGCCUGCUCUGCCUGAACAACAUGCCCAUCAAGCGCUUCGCGGACUGGCUGGCGCGGCGCGGCAAGAUGGAGGAGUACAUGGGGCUGCUGGUCAACGCCUUCAACCCUGCGGCGGGCGAGGGCCUCAUGUGCCGCGACACGGUCAGCGUGCGGUACGACGGGCGGCUGUACGACUGCGACUUCAACCAGCAGCUGGACAUGCCCAUGCUGAUGCGGCGCGGGGCCGGGGGCGGCGACGUGGAUGUGGAGGGCAUCGAGGGUGGGGAGGGUGCGGAGGCAGGGGUGGGGGCAGCGCUCGGGCCGAGCGUGUUUGACUUGGCCAGUCUGGAUGAGCUGUCGGGGCGGCGCAUAGCUGUGGACAACCACUGCUUUGGUUGCACGGCGGGGGCUGGGUCGGGGUGCCAGGGGUCAACCAGCACACAGGCAACAGGGGCGUCGUCAGAGACAGACUGA